GUCAAUUCUACACGCCUACUCAGUCCUACUCAAUCCUACCCUCUCUUAAUUACUUAGAUAUAAUUAACCUCUGCCGCACACCUGUACAGAAAUCUCUCUACACCCCGACCGCCAUGCAAGAUACAUAACAACAGCCAUCCCACCAUCGUCCCUCUGCAUCGCGGCCCCCAAGACAUCCAACCCACCUCCUGCACACCACCACACACAACAGCCAACAUGUCGCAACCACGGCAUAAUACCAUGCUGUCUCUCAGCAGAACGGCCUCCAACACCCCCUCCCCAGCGGAGAAACACCAUCAACACCACCCCUCCCAGCAGAUCCAAUCCGCGCCCCUGUCCAGUCCCAGUCCCGGCCUGCGCGUCCCCUCCAACCGCAAAACCAUCUAUGACCGACACCUGAACCGCAGCCGCAAUAGCGAGCUCAGCCGUGCCUCCUUCGCCUUCCUCUUUGGAGAAAUGGUGACUUAUGCCCAGCGUCGUGUGACGGGAAUCCAGGAUUUGGAGAAGCGAUUAAACGAACAAGGAUACCCCCUCGGACUCCGUCUCCUCGACCUCCUCUUCUACCGCACCAUCUCCAGCUCGACCUCCUCCGCCCUCUCCAGCUCCUCCUCCACCUCCGCCUCUCCCCCAACCGACCCCUCCGCAUCCUGCCCCUCCUGCACCUCAUCCACGACUCCCAACGAGUACAUGAUCACCGACAAUGACCCGAUGGUCAACACCUACAUCAGCGUACCCCGCGAGAUGAGCAUGCUCAACUGCGCCGCCUACGUCGCCGGUAUCAUCGAGGGCGUCUGCGACGGCUGUGGUUUCGAGACUAAGGUUACGGCCCAUAAUCAACCGACGGAGUUGUGGCCCGGUCGGACCAUCUUCUUGCUUCGCUUUGGGGACAGUGUUAUGGAGAGGGAGAAGGUGUUGGAGCGGGCGGGCGUUAAAUAGUUUAUUUUCUUUCUUUCGCCUAGGUCUGUAUGUGUGGUACUUAUUCAUGGCUGGAGUAAUAUCCUUUCUUUAGCCCGUGCCGCCCUAUCAAUAAAUACAGAACAGCUGGUCCAUCGGCUUGUAUGCAACCCUUUA